AUGGGCAACGGCGGAGGACUAGACAAGAACCAGCAACGACUCCUCCAGAACAUCAUGGCGCCGUUCGCAUCGCGAGCAAACGUCCCUACAAGCCUCACAUCCACCGCGAGCGCGUACGCCGUCACGCCCAAGAUUGUCGACGGCAGGUUCCUGAUCCACGUGGAGCACGAGGUACGCGAUGACCCCGAGGCCAGUUUCUUGUUGCUUCGGAUGACCUGCUCCAGGCGCGUCUGUCCGCACCUGAUGAUCUUGCUGGAACCCAAUAGCCAGGUUAUAUUCGACGACGACGGCGUCAAUAUCAACCAGUGGCUGGGCUGGGGCCACACCCGAUAUCUCAGUCGAUACAUGGCGUCCUCGGAUGUCAUGGACGGCAUCCGCGUGGCGGUCGACGGGCAUGGAUAUGAGUCGAUUGGCCACUGUCAGCGUUGCGCGAUGGAUUACACAAUUAUUGCUUCGCAUGGUACUGUGAUGCUUCACUCGUGGCAUGAUUUGGGGGCGUAUGGGUCACCUGAAAGUGACGAGUGGAUGGUGCAUAUUCAGACGGCCGAGAAUGACUCGUCGAGGGGUCCGACAGUGUACCAUGAGUCUGGGAGUGUGCAGGAGAUGUAUUUGGAGGGCUGA